AUGUCUUUGAGCAACUUGACACUCGAUCAGUACUAUGAAAUACAAAAAAAUGAGUUAGAGGCCUUACGCUCAAUAUACAUGGAUGACUUUGCCGACAAAACGGUUCAGAAAUCAGCAUGGGAUAAGCAUCCAUUAUUAGAGUUCGAAAUCUCCCUUAGAUCUGCAGACAAGGAGCCGGCUGAGUCGUCUGUUACUAUACACUUCAUUUUGACACCAACUUAUCCUCAUUCUAAACCUCAAGUUAUAUUCAAAAAUGUUUGCAAUGUUUUGGAAAGCCAGUUAGUUUCGCUUCAGGCGCAUUUCCAGGAGAUUUAUGAGCGCUCAAAAGGUCAAGAGAUUAUUUACGAGAUGACAUCGUUAGUUCAAGAGAAGCUAGAUGAAGUUCAAACACUUGCAAGUACACAAUCUCUAGAAGAUCAAAGGCUGCAGCGAAUCAAAGAGGAAAAGCAGAAACUGGAAUUGGAAGAAAUUGAGAGGACAAAAAGCAUUGAAGCUGAGCGACUAAAGGAGCAAAAACUUAUCGAUGAAAUUGUUAAAAAAGAGAUUGAGAAAAGACAGGAAGAUGAUGACUUUACAUUCAAGCAUGAAAAUAUAAUAGACCUGAUGCCACCAUCAGAUUGGGUAGCAUCCGGCGAGGCUUUCGUAUUUCCUAGAACAAUUAGGGCAAAGCUCCCGAACAAUUCUUUCUACAAAUUUCGUGCGGUAGUGAACCCUAAGUCAAUUAAGCUUGACAAUGACAUAUUAAAUUUCUCUUCACAAAAAUUGGUGAAGCCUUACAUUCCCCCAGAUUCUCCACUGGCUAAUACUCUUACUUCCUCAGAUAUGUUAGAUAACUUCUAUUACCUUUUGACUGAAGUUUUACUGGACAAUGCAUAUUUUAAUACCAGUAAUGGAAAAAGGGAUAUUUCAAAUUUAGAAAAGGAACUUGAAACUAUGCUGAAAGUCAAUCAGAACAACGUGAGUAAACUAUAUGCAUACACGGUAGAACGCACGGGAAAAAGCAGUUCUACUUUUGUGUGGAAAAUACGGUUGUUGACAGAAUAUUCACCUCCGUAUUUCAUUGGUGAGGUAAUUGAGUCCGUUGGUUUUGUUAACUUGGCCACCGCUCGUGGAUGGGUAUUAAGGUUACUCGAGGGACUCGAAAGUUUACACAAGCAUGGUGUUGUUCAUAAAAAUAUUUCACUUCAAACAGUGAAUUUGGCUAAGGAUGCCGAUUUUGGUACCAUAAUUCCAAAGCUAUUGCAUCCAUCUUAUGGUUUUACGAUCCUCACUCUUCUUUCGAGACAUCCCAAUAAGUCAGGUUUAAAAGUUGAUGUGAAUCGUAGCACUUGGAUUGCACCAGAACUCGUCAAAUUCAAUAAUAGUAAGCCCCAGAGGAAAACUGACAUUUGGCAAUUAGGCGUUUUGUUCGUGCAGAUCAUCAAUGGCGUUGAUACUGUAUUGAAUUUCCCAUCACCACAAGAUUUUCUUGAUUCUGUCAGCAUGAAUGACAGCUUGUUUGACUUCCUCGAGAAAAUGCUAGAUCCAGAACCUAAGAAAAGAUUUGGCCCAUUGGAGCUUCUCCCAAUGAAGUUUUUGAGAACUAAUAUUGAUCCUUCUAUCAAUAAGCUUCAAAUUCUGCAAGAUAGUGUGCCGAAUUCAACGAAUAAUUCUACUUUGCAUAUGUCAGCAUCGCAGCUUCAAAGAAGUCAUAGAAGCUCAAGAACGUCACAAGGAGGAGGGAGACGUAGCUUCAAUGUUGGUUCUCGAUUCUCUUCUGUAAAUUCUGGAAGUCGCUCUAGAUAUGCCACAGAUUUUGAAGAAAUAGCAAUUUUAGGAAAAGGCGCAUUCGGGCAAGUUGUUAAGGCUCGAAAUGCUUUAGACAGUAGGUAUUAUGCGAUAAAGAAAAUACGGCAUACAGAAGAGAAGCUGUCUACAAUUCUGAGUGAAGUGAUGCUUUUGGCAAGUUUAAAUCAUCAAUACGUUGUUCGUUACUAUGCAGCUUGGCUAGAAGAAGAUACGCUGGAUGAUAACGCAGUCACUUCGACUGAUGAAGAAAGUGAAACCAGCGAUGAUGAAGCCACAAAGUCACUUACUGGAUCAAGUAUCAUCAACAGUCGUACUGCUCAAAGUCUCAACAAUAACAAUUGGGAUUUCAUAUCUAAUUCCUUCCAAGAAUCUGGCUAUCCGGACAUUGUUUUUGCGAAUAGCUCUGAUGAGAUUGUAGAUGAGAACGUUUCCAGCAGCGACGAGGAAAGUCUUGGCACUAAUAUCGAAUCUAACACUAAGAAGACAACCCUGGAAACUUCCGAAGAGGAAGAAAGCUCUUAUGGCUUUUCGAACUAUGAUUCUUUAGGAGCAAAGACAAUGGGACGACACCAAAAGAAUGGUAUAAAUGAAGGAAAGCAUAGAAGGUUCAUCGAAGCGGGAAAAAGUUUGACUGUUAGUAACACCAAAACCAAGAGCACACUCUUCAUUCAGAUGGAAUAUUGUGAAAACCGGACUUUAUACGACUUAAUCCAUACAGAGAAUUUGAGUAGCCAGAAAGAUGAGUAUUGGAGGUUGUUUCGAGAGAUACUCGAAGCGUUGAGCUAUAUUCACUCCCAAGGAAUCAUUCACAGAGAUUUAAAGCCAAUGAAUAUUUUCAUCGAUGAGUCUAGAAAUAUCAAAAUUGGUGAUUUUGGCCUGGCCAAAAACGUUCACCGUCCAGUUGACAUACUUCGUAUGGAUUCAUACAUGAAUGCAGGCAGUACAGACGACCUUACUUCUGCAAUAGGAACGGCUCUUUAUGUGGCUACUGAGGUUUUGACCGGGAAUGGUAACUAUAAUGAAAAAAUUGACAUGUACUCCUUGGGAAUUAUCUUCUUUGAGAUGAUUUACCCGUUCAGUACCGGUAUGGAAAGAGUGAACGUCAUCAAAAAGCUCAGAGCUCCUGAUGUGGAAUUUCCGUCUGAUUUCGACAAUUCUAGGCUAAAAACUGAAAGGAAGAUAGUGAGGCUCUUGCUAGAUCAUGAUCCCAACAAACGACCUGGUGCCUCUAUGCUUCUCAAGAGCGGCUGGUUACCUGUUAAACACCAAGAUGAAGUGACAAAGGAAGCACUUAAAAACUUAGCCGAUCCGUCUUCACCGUGGCAACAACAAGUGAGAGAGAGUCUAUUUACUCAGCCGUAUAGUGUCACUGCAGAUAUUUUGUUCGAUAACUCAAAAACGUUCUCAAGUGCGUUUAAUCAAUUGUUGAGGUCUCAAAUGAUGGAGGAAGUUGUGAAGAUCUUCAGAACCCAUGGUGGUAUAGAAAAUAACGAGCCAUCGAUUAUUUUUCCAAAAGCACCCAUAUACUCGACUCAAAGUGUUUAUGAGGUUCUUGAUAAAGGAGGUUCAGUUCUUCAAUUGCAGUAUGAUUUGACUUACCCGAUGGCUAGAUAUAUAUCAAGAAACAGCAGUUGUGUUUCGAAACAAUACAGGAUGCAAUAUGUGUAUCGCCCCCCAGAGCAGUCACAAUCAAGCAUGGAGCCUCGAAAGUUCAUUGAAAUUGACUUUGAUAUAAUUACUACUUCUUCAUCAGAUAUGGCAUUUUAUGACGCUGAAAGUAUGAAAGUUAUAGAUGAAAUCAUCACUCAAUUUCCGGUAUUUGAGAAGACAAACACACUUUUUGUGAUCAAUCACGCAGAUAUCUUGGAUAGCGUUUUUAACUUUUGCUCCAUCGAUAAAGCCCAAAGGUCAUUCGUUUCACAUGUUCUUUCCCAGGUUGGUUUCAAGAAAUCCUUAAAAGAUGUAAAGAGUGAAUUAAAAUCGCUUCUUAACAUAUCAUCAACUUCACUGAAUGACCUAGAACUAUUUGACUUUAAGCUAGAUUUUGAUACCGCUAAGAAGCGCCUGCAGAAAAUCAUGGUUGACAGUCCGUACCUUUCGAAAGUGGAGGAAUCUCUGAUGUAUAUUUCGAAAGUCCUGAAUUACUUUAAACCAUUUGGUGUAACAAGAAAUGUUGUAAUAUCGCCACUCAGUAAUUAUAAUUGGGGCUUCUACAAAGGCAACAUCAUGUUUCAAGCAGUUUACGAUGAUGAAAGAACUAGGAAUCUAAUAGCAGCUGGGGGACGAUAUGAUAGUUUGAUAUCCUAUAUUGCUAAACCUCCUGGGCAUCGCAACAACCACAGUCAGAAGGCCGUUGGGUUCAACUUAGCCUGGGAAACUAUCAUGAUCGUUGCUCAGAAUUACUUUAAAUUGGCGGCUGGAAGAAAUAUAAAAAAAAGAAGCAAGUUUUUGAAAGAAGGCACCAUUGACUGGAAGCCCAAAAGAUGUGACGUUUUAGUUUCAAGUUUUUCAAACUCUAUUCUGAAUUCUUAUGGUGUUGAAAUUUUGAGUAGGCUAUGGAAAGCCGGUAUCAGUGCGGAUUUCGUUCGAAACUGCUUCACCGUAGAUGAUGUGGUAUCUGCUGCACAGGUUGACGGUGUUGAUUGGAUCAUCUUGAUAAAACAGCAGACAUAUUCAGUUCCCAGUCACAAGAGAAAGUACAAACCACUGAAGGUAAAAAAAAUAGGUAGCGAAAUGGAUGUUGACUUGGAUAUCGAUGAAUUUUUGACCCUCUACCAGCAAGAAUCAGCUCCUGGGCUCUCUUCAAAUGAAUUACUAGCUAUAAAUGAUAUGUCUGCAGCAAAUGAUGACAAACGUUGGGAGGAUGUCGUUAGCACAGACGGAAGUCAGGAAGGAGGAAGCGAUGUCUCUUUCACUGGCGGCCACCAUCAGAAAGUCGUCUACAUUCCCAACAUGGCAACAAGGGCGAAAAAAUCGAACAAAAAGGAAAAAUGGAUCUACGAGGACUCGGCUAGAAUUGCUUCAAAAUCUAUAAUCAAUAGUCUCUCUUCGGCCCCGAUUUUUGCAGUCGAUGCAAUCAGAGACGAGACCUUGGAAAUUAUAUCCAUAACUUCUCUUGCUCAAAAAGAUGAAUGGUUAAGAAAAGUUUUUGGUUCUGGGAAUAAUUCUGCACCAAGAAGCUUUGCGACAAGCAUCUACAAUAAUCUUUCGAAGGAAGCUUCCAAAGGUAAUAAGUGGGCUAUUAUCCAUUGCAAUAAAACUGGGAAAUCUUGCGUAGUAGAUCUCCAAAGAUAG